CGAUCAUUGGGUGACGUGUGAAACAAAUCCUACAUCCGGCCGCCGAGCUCUAUCUCUGGCUAAAUUAGUAUUCUGCCUCGCCCUACAGUCUGGAUUCAAUGCCCAGCAAGGCUUGGGAAUGUGUAUGUCGUUACUUUCCCCACUCUUGAACAAAACGGCUCCAUCCCGCGCUUCAGCGCCACCAACGACUGCCAUCAGCGCCGUUAACUUCAACGUCUGAACUAGCCUCUUUGAUUACCUGCAGACAUGUCAGAACACACAAUGGAGAAGUCACCAUCUAAAGACUUCAUCACAAACGCUACCUCUGCCGACGACACAAUCUUGAGAACAAGUCCUGAGAUAGACUCUCGAGCAGACUCUGCAGAAGCAAAGCAGCGACCUGAAAACGAGUUGCCAUCACAGACUGCACCUAAAGACCCUCGUAUAUGGCUCGUCUUUGUUGCCCUUUGCCUUGCAGCCUUCUGCGCAAACCUGAACGCCACAAUCCUCACUACCGUCAUCCCACUCAUAACGCGGGAUCUAUCUGCCGACCAUGAGUAUAUCUGGAUCAAUGCCGCCUUCAACAUUGCAGCGGCCGCCAUCCUGCCGCUCCUAGGACAAGCGUCAAAUGUCCUUGGUCGACGGAUCCCAAUGCUACUGUCCUUGGGACUAUUUACCUUGGGCAGUGCGCUCUGCGGCGCCGCGAAGAACAUUGCGAUGAUGAUCGCGUGUCGAGCGAUUCAGGGUGCAGGCGCCGGCGGAAUAAUGAUGUUAUUGGAAGUCAUUACUUGCGACUUGUUCCCGUUGCGAGUACGAGGAAAUUACUUCGCGAUUGUGCUCGCGUUCUGUAGUAUCGGCGUCACGCUGGGUCCCAUUGUCGGCGGAGCAUUUGUCAAACAUACCACAUGGCACUGGGUGUUCUACGUCAAUGUGCCAUUCGGUGGGCUGGCAUUUACCCUUGCGUUCCUCUUCCUGAAAUUCAAGAGGCCGAAGUCGACUUUCAAGGAGAAAAUCCUACAGAUUGAUUUUGUGGGGAAUGUCUUGUUCAUGGCCGGUACAAUCUCCCUUCUGCUGGGGCUGAUCAUGGGCGGGCAGGUUCAUCCAUGGUCGUCUUUUCGCGUCAUCGUACCGAUCGUUCUCGGAAUAAUCGGCUGGGGAUUCUUCUUCGCAUGGCAAGUCUCACCUUGGUGUGUUGAGCAGACCAUACCUCCCAGGCUCUUCUCGAACAGGACCUCGGCGGCCGGAUUCGUGAUCAUAUUCCUCUCCUGCAUGCUUCUCGACUGGGUCGUGUACUUCCUACCGUACUAUUUCCAGACACUAAAGGGUUCCUCUCCCUUACGAUCCGGAGUCGAGGCUCUCCCCUUCAACAUCUUCAUAGUCCCAGCUGCUGGCAUCAACGGUGCUCUCCUGACCAAGUUUGGGCAGUACAAACCGCUCCAUCUCGCAGGAUUUGGAAUGGCGACACUCGGCUUUGGGCUCUUUUCAACCAUGAAUACCACCACGAGCACGGUGAAGUGGGUGUUUUGGCAGCUUUUUGGAGCCUAUGGGCUGGGUGCAUUGAUCACAACCACACUGCCGGCAAUUCAGGCCAGUCUUCCUGAAUCAGACGUAGCAACCUCUACUGCGCUUCAUGCGUUCCUAAGGUCAUUUGGUUUUAUUUGGGCUUUCACGAUUCCUUCGGUCGUCUUUAACAACCAGGUUCGGGCCAAGCUCAACGACGUGGUUGACGAUCCCAACGCCCGCGCAGUCCUGUCCAAUGGGCAAGCGUACUCUCAAGCAAACAGCAAGUGGCUCAAUGAACUGACUGGUCAGACUAAGGACCAGGUGUUGCACCUGUACGAGUUGAGCAUUAGCAGUAUGUGGUACACGGCCAUUGCGUUCAGUUUGUUGGGAUUUUUCAUUGUCUUUGUGGAGAAACGGGUGAAGUUGCGGGAGAAUCUCGAAACUGAUUUUGGGCUUGAAGAGAGGAAUGUAGAUGAGCAGACGGAGCAGGGUGAAGUGGGAACAGGGAAGGAUGAGGGAGGAGCUGAGGUGAAAACAUCGGAUCAAAGGGAUUAAAAAUUGACGACCCUCUAUAGAACUAUACGAUUCGAAAGCAGUGAACAAUCGUAUGACCAAAUUGAUAGAUGACUGCGUGUUAACUUCGACGGCAAUUAUAUUAAACAAUUAUUCAUGAUGCUCACUGCAAAUAUUGAUCACUGGAAAGCGUGAAGAAGAAACGGGAUGGUUCUAAAACAAUAUAUAUUACCAG